AUGGCGUGGGCAACACAGGCGCUGCCUCUCGCCUGCCUGAUGCUGCUCCUGCCCUGGAGAGCCCCGGGUGCGGGUGCCCAGGUGGGGCAGGGCUUCGAGCUGCAGCAGCCCCAGGACACGGUGUCGGUGACAGCGGGGGAGACGCUCACCCUGAAGUGCAUCAUAUCUAGUGGCGGUCCCAUUGGCCCCGUGAAGUGGCUGAAGGGUUGGGGCAGUGGGAACCAGACUGUCUAUGGGCAGACGGGCUCCUUCCCCCGCGUGACGAGGGCAUCGGAUGGAGCGGGGCCGGGGCAAUCGGUGCCUUUCACCUGCACGGCCGGAGGGUUCUUCCCUGAAGACAUCAAGGUGAAUUGGCUCAAAGACAGGGCCCCGAUCUCGGCUCAGCAGCCCCAGAUCACCCCUGGGCGGACGAAAUCCUCCUACGACAUGUCCAGCACCGUGACGCUAACGCUGGAGGCGGACGAUGUCCGCUCGCGGCUCAUCUGCGAGGUGCGGCACCCCACGCUGACGGCCCCGCUGAGGGGGACGUACCGGCUCAGCCAAGCCCUGCGAGUUUCCCCCAGUGUCCGUGUGGUCGCUGACCCGCCAAGCCCCAUUGAGGUGAACAAGACCGUGAACUUCACCUGCAACGUGAAGGAUUUUUACCCAGGAGUUGUGGCCGUCACCUGGCUGGAGAACGGGACAGAGAUGAACGUGGAGAAUGUCUCCCGGCUGGUGGAGACCCCCCAGGGCUUGUUCAAGCUGAGUAGCGUGGUGGAGAUCAAAGCGGUGGAGGAGAAGAACGAGUCGGUGUUCACAUGCCGUGUGGUGCAUGAUUCCCAGGCCCCCAUCGAGAGGAUGGCCACCCUGUGGAUCGCUGACCCUGCCAGGGAUGGAAUGAGUGACACAUCCCAGACAAAUAAUGGUUUGAACCUCCUGUCCAGCCCCGGCUUGUGGCUUGGCAUCCUGCUGGAGAAGGGGCUCCUCGGCAGUCUCCUCAUCUUUCUCUUCAAGCGCGCGAGGGCCUGA